AUGUGCCCCUCCGCGUGGUGCGCGCCCGCGGGGUACAUCCCGCGCAGGGGCGGAGGGGGACCCGGCGCUGUGGUGGGGGGAGGCGGAGGGGCGGUUUGGGCGGCGGAUGGAGCGGAGGGAGGGGAGGGGGCGGGAGAGGGAGAAGGAGAGGUGGUGGGGAAGGAGGAGGAGGAGGAGGAGGAGGAGGAGGAGGAGGAGGAGGAGGAGGAGGAGGAGGAGGAGGAGGAGGAGGAGGAGGAGGAGGAGGAGGAGGAGGAGGAGGAGGAGGAGGAGGAGGCAGGGGGUGGUGGUUGCUUCCAGGCUACAAUGGCGAAACGUCCUCGUCGCCUGCCAUGCCACGUCGCAUGCCUCGUCGCAUGCCUAGUCGCAUGCGUCGCGAACGGCAGUCCAUCCACGAUCUCCCCCCAAUUCCUGACACCCCGACGCGCAUCACCCCCGUACGCAGCCAUGCCUCUCGCGACGCUGCUUGUCGCGCAGGGGCCAUGGAAGGGGACCGCGGGGGACGGAGCCAAGGAAACGAAGAUCCUAUCGACGGUGCACGACCACCGCCAUCGCCCCCACAACAAUGGUGACCCUCCGGGAACGAGUUUUUCAGAAGUAGAAGACAUUCAGGUGACGGCAACGGUGCCGACAGACACUGAUAAUGAUGGGGGGAAGGCCGACGGUCUUCCGCAAACCGCGCAGCAGGGCGUGCAGCAGGGCAGUCAGAGGGGCAAAUGGACGGAGCAAGAAGUCUUGAGCGUGCUCCGCGAGGCCUCCGCGGGCAGCGCGUCCGCGCCAGCCGCCGCGCCGCACAGCGCCAGCUUCGGCGCAGCAGCAGCGGCCUUCCGCGAGGCGGGCGCAGGGGCGGCAGGGGCGGGCGGCAGCGGCAACCCGGGCGGGGCGGCAGCGGGUAGCGAUGAUGGUCCAACCCGCGUGCAGCGGUUUCUGAUGCGGCUGGCGGUGGCGCUACACGCGUACGGCAGUUCUGCCGCCCGCACGGAGUUCCUGAUCGAGCGUGCCGGGCGGCGGCUGGGCGUGGACGUGAGCGUGGCGGUGCUGCCAGAUUUGAUUCUGCUCGCCUUCAACCGCGUGGUUGGGGACGACACUGCUGGGCAGCGCACGCACAUGCUCUCCGUCUCCCCUGAUAUGGAUCUGGACAAGCUGGGGCGAGUGGAUGAGUUGGCGCGCAGUGUGGGGCUGAGGGAGGCGCACAACCUCAUGGCGGCGUACUGGCAGCUGCGGGCCAUCGCCAACGCGCCGCCCACCUUCUCCCCGCCCAUGCACCUGCUCGCCAUGGCGCUCAUGUCCGCCAGCGCUGCCGUGCUCUUCUUUGGCGGUAGGCCUCGCGUAUUACGCCCAUGCACCCCUCUGCACCUCUCUGCACCCCAUGCGCCCAUGCACCUCCUCGCCAUGGCGUUCAUGUCCGCCAGUGCUGCUGUGCUCUUCUUCGGUGCUGCGGGUUCCAUACUCCUCGUGUGCACCUGUCCCUGCGCCGCUCGUGAGCCUUCCAUGCACCCUGCGUGCGUCCUUUGCUCUGCCAUGUAA